GCAUAUCCAGAAGGUGUCUUAGGUGAACAGGAAAUGUGAAAAUUUCUAGAAAACAUUUGAUUUGAGUAUGAGCGGCAUUGUCGUUGACGGACGUAACUAGUUCUGGGUGGCAUGGUACGCAUGGUAUAUACUCCUUUUUCAACACACUGGGAGUUGGGUCAGAAGCAUCGAGUGUACGAAUCUUUCGAGCACAGUACGUGGUCCAUGGAUAGGCGGGCGGAAGGCAAGCGGGCACCUUUCCACUUGAAUGAUGGCUGCAUGUUCCAAAGAGGCAUCGAAUGAUUGAUAGGCAUCCCGGGCGUGACCUCUUUUUCUUGACUCUUUGUUUUUCUAAAGCUUUUUGUUUCUGGGGCAUAUUUGAGCGGGCCAAGCAGGCAUAUAUCAUCUUGCGUUAUCACAUCAUCAUUGCAUCCAACGAGAAGAGUCAAUCGAAUCAAGAAAUUCACAGAUCAAACGAUAUGAGAUCGAACCAGUUCAAAACAAAACAUGUUCUCGCGAUAUCACGUCUAUCAUACACCCUUCCGACGUCACCUCUAACACAUCCUUCGACAUCACGUCUACGCAGGGACCAAAACUGGAUCAAGCCUUGUAUGGAUAUUUUUGUUUUUCAUUCUCUUUGUAAUUUAUUUCAUUUUCAUUGGGGUAUUUGGCCGAGCGCCUUCAAUCUAAAAUCCCGAGCCGUAGGUAUCAUGUUCCAUUAUUCGAUCGCCUGGUCUCCUUUCCGUUCGCUGGGCCUUAGUCUUGGUCUCUUCUCCGGGGUCGUGGGUGUGAAUGUUGUGUUGCGGGUAUUGUAUGUGUUUGUAAUCGUGUGCUUCGACCUUUUCCCUUCCUCGCUGCGUGCUCGUUCGUUCAUGCCAGGCAUCCAUAAUCAUCUUCCUCCGCAAUAGCACCCCCGCUUCCAUGACCUCGUCGGUGCUCGAAAAUAACGUCGUCUGUCCGUCCUUGAGAACUUCUCUUGCGCCAACCGCUGUAGUUGUUGUCGCCCGUCAUUAUCGAUUA